AUGUUCGUCGCAGGUUUCGAGAUUUCGGACGAAACCCAUUUCGAGAUUGGGAAAAUCCUUUGGACAUUUUGGCGGCGUUUUAUUGGAUUAUGUGAAGUGAUGGAAAUUGGGUUCGUGAUGGGAACCGAGAUUUGGAGUACCCCGGUGAAUAUCAUUGUAGGUUCCCAUGUCUGGGUCGAGGACCCAGACAUUGCCUGGGUUGAUGGGCAAGUGACAAAGAUAAAUGGGAAGGAAGUUGAAGUUCAAGCAUCUAACGGGAAAAAGAUUGUUGCUAAAUUAGCUAACAUAUAUCCCAAAGAUGAGGAUGCACCUGCUGGUGGAGUGGAUGACAUGACAAAAUUAUCAUAUCUGCAUGAGCCUGGAGUCCUUCAGAACUUGGCGACAAGAUACCAACUGAAUGAAAUAUAUACAUAUACCGGUGGCAUUCUUAUUGCCAUUAAUCCAUUUCAAAGGCUUCCUCACUUGUAUGAUGGUCACAUGAUGGAGCAAUACAAAGGAGCCCCGUUUGGGGAACUUAGUCCUCACGUGUUUGCUAUUGCGGAUAUGGCUUUCAGGGCAAUGGUUCAUGAGGGAAAGAGUAACUCAAUAUUGGUGAGUGGAGAAAGUGGUGCUGGUAAGACAGAGACCACUAAGAUGCUUAUGAGAUACCUUGCUUAUCUUGGUGGCCGUAAAGGAACCGAAGGUCGGACGGUAGAACAACAAGUUCUUGAGUCAAAUCCAGUUCUCGAAGCAUUUGGAAAUGCAAAAACUGUCCGAAACAACAACUCAAGUCGUUUUGGUAAAUUCGUGGAAAUUCAGUUUGACAAGCACGGAAGAAUAUCUGGAGCAGCCAUCAGAACAUAUCUUCUCGAGAGAUCUCGUGUCUGCCAAAUUUCAGACCCUGAACGCAAUUAUCACUGUUUCUACCUCCUUUGUGCAGCACCACAGGAGGAAAUCGAGAAGUAUAAGCUGGGAAAUCCAAAAACAUUCCACUAUCUGAAUCAAUCCAACUGUUUUGAACUCGUUGGUAUAAGUGAUGCCCAUGAUUAUUUGGCUACAAGGCGUGCCAUGGAUAUUGUCGGGAUAAGUCAAAAGGAGCAGGACGCAAUUUUCAGAGUAGUGGCGUCUAUUCUCCAUCUCGGUAAUAUUGAAUUUGCUAAGGGGAAGGAAAUUGAUUCAUCUGUUCUGAAGAGUGAUCAGGCGAAAUUCCAUCUUCAGACAGCAGCCGAGCUUCUCAUGUGUGAUCUUAAAGCACUGGAAGAUGCAUUAUUGAAACGUGUGAUGGUGACUCCAGAAGAAGUUAUUAAGAGAAGUCUCGAUCCUGAUGGUGCACUAGUUAGUAGGGAUGGUUUGGCCAAGACAAUUUAUUCUCGCUUGUUUGAUUGGUUGGUGGACAAGAUAAAUAACUCGAUUGGCCAAGACCCAACUUCAAAGUCUCUAAUUGGAGUUCUUGAUAUAUAUGGUUUCGAGAGUUUUAAAAAUAACAGUUUUGAGCAGUUUUGUAUUAAUUUCACGAACGAAAAGCUGCAGCAACACUUUAAUCAGCAUGUGUUCAAGAUGGAGCAGGAGGAAUACACGAGAGAAGAGAUUGAUUGGAGCUACAUAGAAUUUGUUGAUAACCAAGAUGUCCUAGAUCUUAUUGAAAAGGUGCAACUGCAACAGUUGAUGGAAACCCUGAAUUCUACAGAGCCUCACUACAUCAGAUGUGUGAAACCUAAUAAUCAGCUCAAACCUGCUAUUUUUGAGAAUGUCAACGUCAUGCAGCAACUUCGUUGUGGUGGUGUUUUGGAGGCAAUUAGAAUCAGUUGUGCCGGUUAUCCAACUCGCAAGACGUUUUACGAAUUCCUCCACCGAUUUGGUCUUCUGGCACCUGAGGUCUUGGAAGGAAACAAUGAUGAAAAAGUUGCGUGCAAAAAGAUUUUGGACAAGAUGAGCCUUGCAGGAGCUCAGAUAGGAAAAUCGAAGGUUUUUCUGAGAGCUGGCCAGAUGGCAGAUUUGGAUGCUCGUCGGGCACUAAUACUUAGUAAUGCGGCAAAGACCAUACAAAGAAAGACCCGAACGCAUAUUGCUCGAAAACACUUCCUUGCCUUGCAGAAGGCUGCAGUUUGCAUGCAAUCCGCUUGUCGGGGUUCGCUUGCUUGCAAACGAUAUGAUAAUCUUAGACGGGAAGCAGCUUCAAUUAAACUUCAGACGAAAUGGAGAGGACACUUGACGAGGAAGAACUACACGAAGCUCAAGGACUCGGUUGUUGUGCUGCAAACGGGCUUGCGGGCCAUGGCUGCCCAUAUGGAUUUCAGAUAUAAGAAACGAAGUAAAGCAGCUACUUUAGUGCAGGCCCGGUGGCGUGGUCAUAGGGAUCGGUCGUACUACAAGAGACUCAUAAAGGCAUCGAUUGUAACACAAUGCAGAUGGAGGGGAAGGGUUGCUAGGAGAGAGCUUCGGAAACUAAAAAUGGCCUCAAGAGAAACUGGUGCACUUAAAGAAGCAAAGGAUAAGCUAGAGAAGCAGGUGGAAGACCUUUCACUACGUUUGCAGCUGGAAAAACGCCGCAGGAAUGAACUGGAAGAGGCAAAGGAGGGAAAAGCGCAAGAAAUAGCAAAAUUGCAGCAGGCCUUAGAAGGUAUGCAAAGCAAAUUGGACGAAAGUAAUGCACAGCUCGUUAAAGAACGUGAGGUUGCUCAGAAGGCAAUUGAAGAAGCUGCAAUUGUUAAAGAAACCCCAGUUCCUGUUGAGGAUACUGCCAAGAUCGAGGCUCUUACAGCCGAAAUGGAAAAACUGAAUGAUGUGUUGCAAUCAGAAAGAGAACGAGCUGACGAGGCUGAGAGGAAAUAUGCAGAGGCCAUGGAAUCAAAUGAGGGUAAGGGCCAGAAGUUGGACGAAACCGAAAAAAGAGUUCAUCAGCUUCAAGAAUCUUUAAGCAGGCUUGAAGAAAAGCUGACUAACGUCGAAUCAGAAAAUAAAGUUCUUCGGCAGCAGGCUCUGGCCAUGGCCCAGAACAAUAAAUUGCUAUCCAGGAGUUCAAGAUCAAUAAUGCAGGAUUUUCACAGUCCUUCAAUGAACAUGAGAGAGCAAUCAGAGGUUGAUGAUAGGCCUCAAAAAUCUCUCAACGAGAAGCAACAAGAGUAUCAAGAUUUGCUCAUCCGUUGUGUUGCUCAACACCUCGGCUUCUCAAAAGGCCGACCAGUUGCUGCCUGCAUUAUUUACAAAUGUCUCAGGCAGUGGCACUCAUUUGAGGUCGAGCGAACGAGCAUUUUCGACCGGAUAAUACAAACUAUCGGCAACGCUAUAGAGACUCAGGACAAUAAUGAUAUCUUGGCAUAUUGGUUGUCAAAUGCCUCGACUCUAUUGCUUUUGUUGCAACUCACGCUGAAAGCUGGGGCAGCUGCCGGGACUGCCCCACAACAUCGCCGUUCGCCAUCGGCCACUUUGUUCGGGAGAAUGACACAGAGUUUUCGUGGGAGCCCUCAUGGUGUAAACCUUUCAUUACUGAAUGAUGAUUCAGCUGGUACUUUACGGCAAGUAGAGGCAAAAUACCCUGCAUUACUGUUUAAACAGCAGCUGACAGCUUAUGUGGAGAAAAUUUACGGAAUGAUUCGCGAUAAUCUAAAGAAAGAGAUUUCUCCACUUCUUGGGCUAUGCAUUCAGGCUCCCAGAAUAUCCCGAGCGAACUUAGUUAAAGGAUCAACUGCUCGUGCUCUAGCAAAUGCAGCCGCACAGGAAAUUUUAAUUGCUCAUUGGCAAGGAAUCGUGAAGAGCCUCGGGAAUUUUCUGAACACACUGAAAACGAAUCACGUACCACCGUUUCUGGUUCGGAAAGUGUUUACCCAAAUAUUUUCAUUCAUCAACGUGCAGUUAUUCAACAGCCUUUUACUGAGGCGAGAAUGUUGUUCGUUUAGCAACGGUGAAUAUGUCAAGGCUGGAUUAGCAGAAUUGGAGCACUGGUGUUACAAGGCAACAGAUGAGUAUGCAGGUACAUCCUGGGAUGAGCUCAAGCAUAUAAGACAGGCAAUCGGGUUCUUGGUCAUACAUCAGAAGCCAAAGAAGACAUUAGAUGAAAUAAGUCAUGAUCUAUGCCCUGUCCUCAGUAUCCAGCAGUUGUACAGAAUCAGCACUAUGUACUGGGACGACAAAUAUGGCACACAUAGUUUAUCACCAGAUGUAAUAUCCAACAUGAGAGUGUUGAUGACAGAGGACUCGAAUAACGCUGUUAGUAGUUCAUUCCUGCUGGACGACGACUCAAGCAUACCGUUUUCAGUUGACGACCUUUCCAAAUCAAUGGACCGAUUUGACAUUUCGGAUAUUGAACCACCGCCACUUAUUCGCGAGAAUUCGGGUUUCAGCUUCUUACUGCCACAAGCCAACUGA